AUGGACAACAGCCCCCCUUCUGCAUUCCCAAGAAAGAUUACAAGGCAUCUCACCUUUCCACUUCUUGCUGUUACAUUCCUGUCAUCAUUUGGAUCAUCCACACUGUAUGGCUUCAAUCUCGCUGUGGUAAACUCUCCAGCAGCGCACAUCAAAGCCUUCUAUAAUGCAACAUGGUACCAACGCUAUGGGCAAGGCCUGGCUCAAGGACCUCUCACUCUCAUGUACUCCCUGACUGUCUCCAUUUUUGCCCUGGGAGGCUUGGUGGGGUCAUUUCCUGUGGGAAUACUGGUCACCCAGUAUGGGAGGAAUGGCACUUUGGUCCGUAGCAACUUUCUUGUUCUGUUGGCUGGCAUGUUAAUGGGAUUCAGCCGCUACUUGGGAUCUCCUGAAAUGGUCAUUUUGGGGCGCUUCAUUAUAGGGAUUCAUUCUGGCAUCUGUCUCAGUGUGGUGCCCAUGUACUUGGGAGAAAUUGCCCCAAAGAACCUACGGGGAUUUCUGGGCCUUGUUCCAAGCACCUUCAUCUGUCUGGGGGUCUUCUCUGCCCAAGUCCUAGGCCUUCCAGAGCUUUUGGGGGAGGAUGCCUACUGGCCUCUUUUCCUCUCUGUAGUGGUGGUUCCUGCUUUUCUGCAGCUCUUGCUACUGAAUUGUUUUCCUGAAAGCCCUCGUUACUUGCUUAUUGAGAAAAAUAAUGUCCAUGGAGCUGCUGAAGCAUUAAGCUGGUUCCUUGGUAAACAUAAUGUGCAGGAUACCAUUGAGGAGAUAGAGGAAGAAAAGCGUUCGCUUGCCUCAGUGAAAUCUAUAUCUGUAUGGCAACUACUCUUAGAUCAUUCUGUGCGAUGGCAACUACUGUCUGUAAUAGUGAUCAACAUGGGUAUGCAGCUCUCUGGAAUUGAUGCGAUCUGGUUUUACACAAAUGCUAUAUUUGAGAAUGCUGGCAUUCCCGAUCCUGAUAUCCCUUACACUACCGUGGGCACUGGUGCUGUUGAGGUUGUUGCUGGCUUAAUAGGCUGCCUCACCAUUGAAAAGGUGGGACGUCGUUCACUCCUCAUAGUUGGCUUCUGUUUUAUGGGCAUCUGUUGUGCUGGCAUCACCCUGUCCCUGGUGCUUCAGGCAAGUGUGUCCUGGAUGCGUUACAUCAGUGUGGUUUUUGUGAUUGGAAUCAUUGCAGGAUUCUGCAUGGGACCAGCUGGAGUCCCAUUUCUGAUGACAGCUGAACUCUUCAAGCAGUCGCAUCGGCCAUCAGCUUAUAUUGUGGGUGGGUCCCUCAACUGGCUCUCGAACUUCACUGUCGGCUUUGUGUUUCCCUUCUUGCAGAUGUCAGCUGGUGAUUUCUGCUACCUGGUCUUCUGCGUUAUCUGCUUUCUAGUUGCACUGUAUGUGUAUUUCAUCAUCCCCGAGACUAAAAACAAGACAUUUAUGGAAAUCAACCACCUCUUCACCCCCUCUCGCCCUACCUUCUUCUCUAACUUCCCCAAUUCUUUCAAGAUGGUGAAGUUAAAUGGCUAUGGAGCCCUGGAGAACAGCUCCUUGGAAUUCUCUGUAUCAGGAUCGAAUCUCCCGUGA